GUACGUAGCUGGGUUUACUGUUUACAUUAUCGAAAUUCGAAACCCUAGUUCUAUAAAGCGCCUCCGCCCCUGCUGUUGCUUCUUCUUGGCGCCUCCCUCUUCGCCUAUCCCUUCUUCCCUGUGAUCCGAUCCGAUGGCUCCAAAGAAAGACAAGGCUCCUCCACCGUCCUCCAAGCCUGCCAAAUCUGGCGGUGGAAAGCAGAAGAAGAAGAAGUGGAGCAAGGGAAAGCAGAAGGAAAAGGUGAACAACAUGGUGCUUUUCGACCAGGGCACUUAUGAUAAACUCCUCUCCGAGGCUCCGAAAUACAAGCUCAUCACCCCCUCCAUCCUCUCCGACCGUUUGAGGAUUAAUGGAUCACUCGCAAGGAGGGCAAUCAGAGAGUUGAUGGCCAGAGGCUUGAUCAGGAUGGUGUCUGCACAUUCAAGCCAGCAGAUAUAUACACGGGCAACAAACACCUGAUUGUUUUAUUGUCUUCGCAUAUUUAGUUGCUGAGUUUGACUGCUGUUAUUAUUUCCAUGUCAAGACACACCCGGAUAUCUUUGUUUAAUUGGGAUCAUACGGAGUGAUUCAGACAGUCGUUGUUUUUGAGUUUCCUUGAAAUAGUGUCUACUUAUAGAAUGGAAAUUUGAUAUUGGUGGUUUUGAUCUUCA